CAGCCAGGGUGGAGUCGGCUUAAACGCUCCAACACAUCAUUUAGCAACAGACAACUGCUAAUUGUCACUUUAGCUCUGUGUCAACACUUAGUUCAUAACACAAAUCCAGUAUAGCGGUUCGAGCUCCAUAAGCAGAAUCUUGGACAUGUCCUGAAAGCAGAAGUUGCAUUGUGUUUCUUGUGCUCUGAGCAGAAGUGUCUUUGGGUCUGCUGUAGGUGAGAGGAGGCUGCUGUUCCUGCUGCUGCUGCUGCUCUAAAGGAGAUCUCAUCAUCAUAAUGCCGAAAGUGUGAGAAGCAACUGGAUUUUGGACAUUUUCUGGGUCGAAGAAGAGGAAAUAACUCCACUUUGAACCAUGGCCAAGUAUCACUGGCAGAGUCAGAAUGUGAAGCAGAGUGGAGUGGACGACAUGGUGUUGCUCUCCAAGAUCACAGAGGACGCCAUCGUGGAAAACCUCAAGAAGAGAUACAUGGACGACUACAUCUUUACUUACAUUGGCCCUGUGUUAAUCUCAGUAAACCCGUUCAAACAGAUGCCCUACUUCACUGACCGAGAGAUCGAGCUGUACCAAGGAGCUGCCCAGUAUGAAAACCCUCCUCACAUCUAUGCACUGUCUGACAAUAUGUACAGAAACAUGAUGAUUGACGGAGAAAACCAAUGUGUUAUUAUAAGUGGUGAAAGUGGUGCAGGAAAGACUGUGGCUGCCAAAUACAUUAUGGGCUACAUUUCCAAAGUAUCAGGAGGCGGAUCCAAAGUGCAGCAUGUUAAAGAUAUCAUCCUUCAGUCCAAUCCACUGCUGGAAGCUUUUGGAAAUGCUAAAACUGUCCGCAACAACAACUCCAGUCGAUUUGGAAAAUAUUUUGAAAUUCAGUUCAGCAGAGGAGGAGAACCUGAUGGCGGGAAAAUUUCAAACUUCUUGUUGGAAAAGUCUCGAGUCGUGAGCCAAAAUGAGAAUGAGAGAAACUUCCACAUUUAUUAUCAGUUGCUAGAGGGCGCCAACGCACAGCAGAAGGAAGGCCUGGGCAUCAUGACUCCUGACUAUUACUACUACCUCAACCAGUCUGGCACCUACAAAGUGGAUGGGACCAAUGACAGCAAAGACUUUCAGGAAACUAUGGAGGCCAUGCAUGUGAUCGGUAUCCCAGUGCAGGUGCAGGCGCAGGUGCUCCAGAUCGUGGCUGGGAUCCUCCAUUUGGGAAACAUCAGCUUCAUCGAGGCUGGAAACUAUGGCCAAGUGGAGAGCACAGACUUGUUGGCGUUCCCUGCAUAUCUGUUGGGCAUAGACCCGAGCAGACUCCAGGACAAACUGACCAGUCGGAAGAUGGAUUCCAAAUGGGGCGGAAAAUCUGAGUCGAUAAACGUAACUCUGAACCAGGAGCAGGCCACAUACACCAGGGACGCCCUCGCCAAAGCCCUCUACGCCAGGCUCUUCGAUUAUCUGGUCGAGGCAAUUAACGGAGCGAUACAGAAGCCCCAUGAAGAGUUCAGCAUUGGAGUUUUGGACAUUUACGGUUUUGAGAUCUUCCAGAAAAAUGGUUUUGAGCAGUUCUGUAUCAACUUUGUCAACGAGAAACUACAGCAAAUCUUUAUCGAGCUGACCCUGAAGGCUGAGCAGGAAGAGUACGUGCAAGAGGGAAUCAAAUGGACUCCUAUUGAGUAUUUCAACAACAAAAUCGUGUGUGACCUGAUAGAAAACAAACUGAACCCGCCCGGUAUCAUGUCAGUUCUGGACGAUGUUUGUGCCACGAUGCACGCCAAAGGAGAGGGAGCUGACGGGACUCUGCUGCAGAAGCUCCAGGCGGCUGUGGGGACCCAUGAGCACUUUAACAGCUGGAACUCAGGCUUCGUCAUUCACCACUACGCUGGGAAGGUCUCUUAUGAUGUGGUCGGCUUCUGUGAGAGGAACAGGGACGUGCUGUUUCCAGACCUCAUCGAGCUCAUGCAGAGCAGUGAAUAUGACUUUAUCCGGAGUUUGUUUCCUGAAAACCUCAACACUGAUAAGAAGGGCAGACCCACCACAGCAAGCUCCAAGAUCAAGAGACAAGCCAAUGACCUGGUGAACACGCUGAUGAAGUGCACUCCUCACUACAUCCGCUGCAUCAAACCCAACGAGACGAAGAGGCCCAAAGACUGGGAGGAGAGCAGAGUGAAGCAUCAAGUGGAGUAUCUGGGUCUGAGAGAGAACAUCAGAGUCAGAAGAGCUGGAUUUGCCUAUCGACGACUGUUCAACAAGUUUUUAAUGAGAUAUGCAAUCCUCACAGCAGAGACGUGGCCAUAUUGGAGGGGUCCGGAGCAGCAGGGGGUCCUCCACCUGCUGCGCUCGGUCAACAUGGACACAGACCAGUACCAGAUGGGACGCACCAAGGUCUUCGUCAAGAACCCAGAAUCGCUUUUCCUUCUGGAGGAAAUGAGAGAGAGAAAGUUUGACACUUUUGCUCGGAUCAUCCAAAAAGCCUGGAGACGCUUCAUCGCCAGGAAGAAGUACGAGCAGAUGAGAGAGGAGGCCUCGGACAUCCUUUACAACUCUAAAGAGCGGAGGAGAAACAGCAUCAAUAGAAACUUUGUUGGGGAUUAUCUCGGUUUGGAGCAGAGGCCUGAACUACGACAGUUUUUAGCCAAAAGAGAAAGAGUGGACUUCGCUGAUUCUGUCAACAAGUUCGACCGAAGAUUUAAGUCGAUCAAGAGAGAUCUGAUCCUGACCCCUAAAGGCAUCUAUUUGAUUGGACGAGAGAAGGAGAAGAAGGGGCCGGACAAAGGCCUGAUAAAGGAAGUGCUGAAGAGAAAGUUAGAGUUUGGAAGCAUCAGUGGAGUCUCGCUCAGUACACGUCAGGAUGAUUUCUUUAUUCUACAUGAGGCUCAGUACGACAGCCUCCUUGAAUCCAACUUUAAAACUGAGUUCUUGAGCCUUUUGUCCAAACGAUAUGAAGAAGUGACGAAGAGGAAGCUGACCAUCUCCUUCGCUGACAGACUGGAGUUCCGGGUGAAGAAGGAGGGGUGGGGUGGAGGAGGCAGCAGAGUCGUGAUUUUCCAGAGAGGCUCCGGGGACCUGUCCCAAAUCAAACCUGGAGGAAAAACUCUCACCAUCACUAUUGGCGACGGCCUGCCCAAGUCCUCCAAGCCCACAAGAAAGAGCGCCCAGAGUUAUGGUGGAGGAAGGAACCACAUAACGAACAGAGGUUACCAGAACGGAGCCGCUAAGUUCUCCCGUGCUCCUCAAGCGCCUCGCACAGAAAGCAUCACUUACUCCUCCCCCCACAAACAGUCCCAGCCCCCCAGCACUGUCCUCCCCAGACUGGGCACCCAAAGGACCCAAAGAGCACCCACCCAGAGCCAGCAUCACCAGAGCAACAUGGACUUCCUCAACGUACCCGACCAGGGCAUGUCAGGGAAGCAGAGGAAGAGGAGCAUCAGCCAGCGUCCCCCUCCGGCCCCUAAACCUCAGCCCCCCUCUCUGGCCCCUCGCUGCAGAGCUCUGUAUCAGUAUGUGGGACAGGACACAGACGAGAUCAGCUUUGAGGUCAAUGAUGUCUUCGAACUCAUCAAAGAAGACCCAUCUGGCUGGUGGACGGGCCGUAUACGAGGAAGAGAGGGCCUGUUCCCUGGUAACUACGUGGAAAAGAUUUGAUCAAGGCCACAGUGUCUUGUCAAUUUUUUGAGACAUUUUUGGAAACUAAGUAAAAAUCUGUUGGAAAACUGGUUACAUAUGAAAAGAGUGGGACUAGCAAUGUUCAAGUUACUGUAUGAAAUAUAAAAUGGCUGUAAUGUUUCAAGUGCAUAUGACAGGUUUGCAUGUGUUUUAAAUUAGUAUUACUUGAAUUGGUGAGAUAGAACCAGUGGUAAAUUAUGUAUCAUAGUUUUACAUCAGUUAAGUGGCAGUUUGUGAGGAAGAAGUUCAGAAAAAAAGUAGAAAAAAAUACAGGAAGCAGUUUUAAAACAGAAUACCUCUACCUAUGUUAUCAAUACCAAAAAAAUGUCUAAAUCUAAAAUUCAGGGACAAUUUACUUACAAGGAAGGCACUUUUCUGGCAGUUUAAACAUUGAUUUAAAGGUACAUUGUGUAACUUUUGUCUGGAAUGUUUCACAGUAUGGGAAUAAACUUUUUUUUAUCUUCAUGUAGACCAAACCAGGUUAUAGGUCAGAUCUGCGGAGAGGUGACCCCGCUUACAGUCAGAAUAUUUGUUUUUCUAGGUAUUUUUGAGCUAUAAAACCACCUGGAACUGAAUAAAUGUAAAGUAGAGCUGUUUAAUGUCACACUAUGGAACAUUCCAGUGCAAUGACAUAUCCAUAGAAACAAGCAUUUGACGAACCCCGAACUAAAAAGUUACACAAUGUACCUUUAACAAAACAAAGAUGCUUUUAUUAGUCAAAUCAUAACUAUUAUAUAAUUUAGACAAGUUUUGGCCAUGGUUAACAUUAUGGUUGCUAGGUAACAGUUAAGGAAUUAGGAAGUAAAAGGAUAAAAUUCACCAAAAUGAGGCUCCAUGUUCAGUAAAAUCUUAAAGGUGCACUGUGUAACUUUUCUGGUGGAAGGUCCGUUACAUCGUUGUCUCUAUGGUGAUGUGGUUUAGUCCACAGUAUUGCAUUGGACAUAUGUAACUCCAUGUGACGCCAUCAAGCCAAGUUAUGCAUCAGAUCUGUGACGAGUCGACCCCUGCUCAUGUUUUUUAAAGCAUUAAUAAAACACAUGCAACCGAAUGAAUGCGAGAUAGAUACGUUUAAUGCUACUGUGGAACAUCUCGGGCAAAGUAAUAACACCUCCACCCGAAAAGUUACACACAAUAGACCUUUAAACAUAAUGGUUUUAACUAUGUUUCAGUCUAACCUGUCUUAUGCACUUUAACACCAGCUCUCAGGUUUCAUCUGCACAAAGUCCUUUUUAAGAAGUGACCUGGCAACUGGAUCUUUGACUCCCACAACACCUUUUCAGGGCUCCCAUUGGCUCAGAGAUUAGGUUACAGCUCGGACAAUGGCGUAUGGCUGUAAUAGUAUGGGCUUGCUUCUUGUGUUUACAUUUGGCAGGUCUCUAAAGCAACAACUGGUUUUGUAGGUAUUUUGAUAACAACUCAGUAAGAAAUGUCUAUGUGCUACUGUCAAAGGCCCUGUAUUAUGCAUUACGAUUUCUGUGUGAUUUUAGCCAUGUUAUAAUAAUAAUGUUGUUACCUCAUCAAAAACAGACCUGGAGUUGUGUUUUGUUUCAUUCACACAUGUUUGAGUAACUCUGUAUUGUUACUCUGUCUACAUUUCCAAAGCUUAAAAUGCUUUGAUCUACUUUGUGAUGUCAUGAGGAAGUAGUUUUCAAGUUGUGUGAAUGAAACAAAACACAACUCCAUGUAUGUUUUUGAUGAAAAUAGCAUAAUAUGGGUCCUUUAAAUUGCACAAUGUAACUUUUUUGGUGGAGGAUCUGCUACAUCCUUAUAUCUAUUGAGUUAAUAGUCCAAUGAUUAAUUUGGUCUUCUGAUAAUUUGUUAUUAGGUUCUUUUUUCAGACCAAGAGUUUUUUGUUGUUUUUUUCAUACGUGACAGUUUUGACUGCUCACUAGCGCUCUUCCUCAGAGUGGGCGUGUCCGGAAACGUGCCCAUGGGACUAUAAACCGGGACGAGGGGGCUUUUUUACUCUCACACACCUGGGAUACUGUCUUGAAGAAGUCGGACUGUGGAUGGCACUAUAGUCCUGCCUCCACCGGUAGGAAGACAGUGCCAAAACCUGUACAAAUCAGAUGAUCGGACACGUCACAGCAACAUCACGUGACCACUCUGAGGAAGACCCUGAGUGAGCAGUCCAAACUGUUAGGUAUGAAAACAAACUCUUGGACUGAAAAAAGAAAAAAAGAACCUAGUAACAUAUAUCCAUUGAGUUGUUUCGCCUGGAAUGUUCCGUAAUAACUUAUGUAUCUCCAUGAGUAGAUGAUGCCACCAGGGCAAGUUUUAGGUCAGAUCUGUGGAAUGGUAACCUUGUUCAACAUAAGAAUGCAUGUUUUAUUUAAUUAUUACAAUGCAUUUUCAAGCAAUGUAAACUAUAGUAAUUUAAUAUUUGCAAGAUAUACUUUUAAUGUCAUACUGUGGAACCAGUGACAUCUCCAUGGAGAAAAGCAGGUGACGCCACUAGGCCAAGUUACAGGUCAGAUCUGUGUUGUGUGUGCUGUGUGUGUGUGUAAAAAUGCUUGUUUUUUAAUUAAUUGAAUAUAAACCAGUUAGAUGAGUGUUAUGUCAUACUGUGGGACAUUCCAGGUAAAUUAAUACUGUGAAAUAUUCAAGACAAAGGAACUACAUCGCUGUGGAGACAAGCAGAUGACAGAACCCCACCAGAAAAGUUACAUAGUGCAUCUUUAAAGUAUCAAAACUGUUCUCAAAAGAUGUCACUCACUGUAUUGCACUGUAUUACAACUGAAAUACUUGCUACUAUUGUUGUAAUGUUAUCUGCACAUUUACCUGGUAUACAACUGUAAUGACUGAAUAUUUUGUGCUCAAUUUUGUAGAUAAAGUGAUUUCCUCGUCUUGUA